AUGGCUUCCCCUUUCUUCUUUGUUUUCCUUCUCUCUGGUCUUUUACUAGGAAACACCUAUGCUGGUCCCAAUUACAGAGAAGCACUCUCAAAGUCAUUGCUCUUUUUCCAAGGUCAGCGGUCUGGUCGCCUCCCUGGUGACCAAAAACUCUCAUGGAGGUUCAACUCUGGCCUCUCUGAUGGCUCCUCUGCUCACGUGGAUUUGAGUGGAGGGUACUAUGAUGCUGGUGACAACGUGAAGUUCAAUUUCCCUAUGGCCUUCACCACCACCAUGCUCUCCUGGAGCUCUUUGGAAUACGGUAAGAAGAUGGGACCAGAACUUCAGAACGCCCGUGUGGCCAUCCGUUGGGCCACGGACUAUCUGCUGAAAUGUGCCAGGGCUACACCUGGGAAGCUUUACGUUGGAGUAGGAGACCCAAACGGUGAUCACAAGUGCUGGGAACGUCCAGAAGAUAUGGACACUCCUCGCACAGUCUACUCUGUGUCAGCUUCAAACCCUGGCUCUGAUGUAGCAGCUGAAACCGCUGCUGCCCUUGCGGCUAGCUCAAUGGUUUUCAGGAAAGUUGAUCCCAAGUACUCUCGCUUGCUCCUGGCCACAGCCAAGAAGGUAAUGCAGUUUGCUAUUCAGUACCGUGGUGCUUACAGUGAUUCCCUUUCCUCUGCUGUUUGUCCUUUCUACUGCUCCUACUCUGGCUACAAGGACGAGCUUCUGUGGGGAGCGGCAUGGCUGCAUAGAGCAACCAACAAUCAGUAUUACUUAAACUUUAUUAAAUCCUUGGGAGGUGGAGACCAACCUGACAUAUUCAGUUGGGACAAUAAGUAUGCUGGUGCUUAUGUUCUUCUCUCACGACGAGCAGUACUAAACAAAGACAACAACUUUGAGCUCUACAAGCAAGCAGCUGAGAAUUUCAUGUGCAAGAUCCUUCCAAACUCUCCUUCCUCGUCCACAAAGUACACUCAAGGUGGCUUGAUGUACAAGUUACCUCAGAGCAAUCUACAAUACGUGACAUCAAUAACAUUCUUGCUAACGACCUACGCUAAAUACAUGAAGUCCUCGAAACACACAUUCAACUGCGGAAACUCUCUCAUUGCUCCCAACGUUCUGAUAAACCUAUCGAAGCGUCAGGUGGAUUACAUCCUCGGUGUGAAUCCGAUGAAAAUGUCUUACAUGGUUGGGUUCGGGUCGAGUUUCCCCAAGCGAAUCCACCAUAGAGGAUCCUCUCUCCCGAGCCGAGCAGUCCGUUCGAAUUCUCUGGGAUGCAGUGGCGGAUUCCAGUCUUUCCGCACCCCAAACCCUAACCCUAACAUAUUAACCGGAGCUAUCGUGGGAGGACCGGAUCGAAAUGACCAGUAUCCAGACCAGAGAGAUGAUUACAGCCGGUCUGAACCAGCCACUUACAUAAAUGCGGCAUUUGUCGGACCCUUGGCAUAUUUUGUCGGAAAGUCUCAUUGA